UCUGUUCCGCUACGACCUCCAAUUUUCAUCCAGCACCAACAAAAAACACAUAAAAAAACACUGCCAGGUUUAUCAUGGCGGCGCCAAGCACUCUGCCAGCUCUGCUGGAUUCACUGACGCAGUCAUUGACAACGUCACUGGACGCUGCACCCAAGACUUCGAUUGCACCUCCCGAGAACGGAAUUUCUCUGCUCGACACCAAGAACGAACUUCUGCUCUCUUACCUGCAGAACCUCGUCUUCUUGAUUCUUCUCAAGCUACGCAACGCCAAGAUCCAGUCCAACCGCAAUGGAAACGCCGACGACACCACAGAGACGGUCGUCAAGAAGCUCGUAGAGCUGAGGCUAUACCUCGAGAAGGGUGUCCGCCCUCUCGAGGACAAGUUACGAUACCAGAUUGAGAAGAUCCUUCGUGCUGCCGACGACGCUGAACGCCACGCCCACGCUGUGAAGGCUGCCGAGGGUGCUGGCUCGGGCGAAUCUGGAUCCGACGAUGAUUCCGGUAGCGACGAGGACGAGGAUGAGGACGAGGAACUGAAGGCAGCCCACCUGCAAGCCCGACCAGACGCCUUUGUACGACCGGCUGCUGCAUCUGCUGUAGUUGCCACUGCUCAAAAGGAUGGUGUUUACAAACCGCCAAGGAUCGCACCUACGGUCAUGCCCUCGGAGCGCCGGGAGAAGACAGACCGUCGGCCGCUCAAGUCUGCCACCAUGGAUGAGUUUAUCGAGCACGAAAUGUCGACGGCACCGAUCGCGGAACCCAGUAUCGGCACAACCAUUGUCAACGGCGGUCGCAGGAUGAAGACGGCGGCAGACCGCAAGACGGAAGAGGAGCGUCGCGAGUACGAAGAAACCAACUUCGUCCGCCUCCCCACACAGAGCAAGAAGGCAAAGGCGCAGGAGGCGGCAAGGACGGGUCGCAGCGGUCGCAUGCAGUUCGGCGGAGAAGAAUGGAGGGAUCUGGGCGAAGGUGUCGAUCGCAUCAACAGACUCACCGCGCGCAAGAGUGGUGGCGGCACCCGCGACCUGCUCGACAAGAGCCGAAAGCGUGGCAGAGAGACGACGGACGGACCAAGGGGCAGUGGGCAGAUGGAGAUGGGCGAGAGAUUCCAAAAGAAGGCUAAGAUGUUGGAGGCGGGCAGACGCGAUAGAGGCAAGCGAUAGACGGAGAUGCAAAUACCCCCUUGAAAAGUAGACGGAGCAUCAGCGCUUAGUGUAGAAGCGAGAGAGGAUGUGCCGAGAUGCCAAGAGCCGAGUGCGGCUCAGCCAACCCAACCAUAUUUCCACAACACAUCGCCAUUGUGUGCUCGCUGUGAUGCAGUGUACUCCUCGUGUGAUCAUAAUUGAUUCUUGUCAUUAUUUCC